GAAUCUACAAAGGACAUUGCUUCCGAAUCAACCACUUCCCUGAGGACAAUGACUACGACCAUGACAGCUCAGAAUACCUUCUCCGCAUCGUCCGUGCCUCCAGCGUGUUCCCCAUCCUAAGCACAAUAUUGCUGUUGCUGGGAGGACUCUGUGUCGGAGCGGGAAGGAUUUACAACAGCAAAAACAACAUUAUUCUCAGCGCUGGGAUUCUCUUUGUUGCAGCAGGGCUAAGUAAUAUCAUAGGGAUCAUUGUCUACAUAUCAAGCAAUGCAGGUGACCCAAGUGACAAGCGAGAUGAGGACAAAAAGAACCAUUACAACUAUGGUUGGUCUUUUUAUUUUGGAGCCUUGUCUUUUAUUGUGGCUGAAACCAUAGGUGUUCUGGCUGUGAACAUUUAUAUUGAGAAGAACAAAGAGCUGAGGUUUAAGACCAAGAGGGAAUUCCUUAAGACUUCUUCCAGUUCUCCUUAUGCCAGGAUGCCAAGUUACAGGUACAGGAGGCGGAGGUCCAGAUCCAGUUCUCGAUCUACAGAGCCUUCUCCAUCUAGAGACAUUUCUCCGGUUGGCAUGAAGAUAGCAAGCACCAUUCCCAUGAACGAAAUUUCCAUGUACACUAUUUCCAGAGAGCCUUUGAAGGUUACGACGGCUGCCAGCUACAACGCGGACCAAGAAGCCAGUUUUCUGCAGGUUCACAACUUCCUUCAGAAGGAAUUCAAGGAGGGACUCCACGUCAACAUGGUCAACAGGAGAACGACGCCUGUUUGAAGUACCUUCCUUCCUCGCGCUUUUUUGAAGAAAUAUCAAAACAGAAGGGAUCUGUCUUGAAAGAGAAGGAACGAUGUUUAAAUACCCUCUCACCUCUUUAAUUGUGGCAUCUGUUGAGGUAGCAAAUGGAGAUCCUCUGGACUGACAUAAAGAUAUUACACACUCAUAGCUUUUUUUGAAGCUAUUUGGAGUUUGUUUCUUUCUGUUCUUGGUGUCACGAGAUGAAGGCAGUCAAUGUUCCUGCACUUUUGCAGUGUGUACAAAGUCUUGGAGAAACUGCAAAGGACUUGCCACCAGUGUGUUUUAAAGGAUUACAGAGAAAUUGUUGUACGACUUUUUUUUUUUCUAAUAUUGAGAUCCCUUAAUACAAACUUGCAAAGAUAAUUUAUAAUCAAGCCCAAGGAUGAAUAUGAACUACGCAUCAAGUGAGCCACUUUCCUUUGACACAGCAUAAGCUUUGCCUCUUU